AUGACGGUGUGUCGUUUUAAAUUUAUUUUCACGGUACUUGCCAUUUCUGUGGGUUCGGGUUUCCAGCACGGGUAUCAUUCCGGGAUUAUCAACGUCCCUGCUAAGGUGUUUCGACAGUGGAUCAAAACAAUCAAAACGGAAAGACUGCUCGGCCAAACGCCUCCCGAGAGGGAAAUCACGAUCAUAUGGUCAGUGGCAGUGGCGGUGUUUUCCAUCGGGGGCAUGCUUGGAGCUUGCUUGAUCGGGUACUUUUCGGACAGGUGCGGCCGCAAGAGGAGCAUCAUGUGGAACAACGGGAUAAUUCUGUUGGCCAUCGGGUUCACGGUGUUCUCGAAGUCCAUGAAGGCCUUCGAGCUGUUUAUUUUCGGGCGAUUUCUUGCUGGGAUCAACGCGGGACUGAACGGAGGGCUUUGCCCGAUUUAUUUAGUCGAAAUUGCACCCGACUACUACCGCGGAGCCGUAGCUAGCGUCUACCAGCUCGUCAUCGUCGUGUCGAUUCUCAUAUCUCACAUCGCUGGGUUGUUGUUAGGAACGGACGACAUGUGGCCGUUAAUGUUCGCGGUGGCUGUUAUUCCAGCAGUGUUCCAGAUGGUGUGUCUGUGGUUUUGUCCCGAGUCGCCGAGGUAUCUUCUAAUGCAACGAGAAAGUGAAAAGAAAGCCAGACGGGCACUGAUGUGGAUAAUAGAAGACAUAGACCUCGUUAACACAGAAAUGGAAGACUUGAUGACGGAAGACAAUCUAGUGCGGCAAAUGCAUGCGUCUUUGUUGAGGAGGGUCUUGGGUAUUCCGUCGCUCAAAAAUUCCUUGAUUAUGUGUGCGGUUUUGAAUGUUAGCCAACAAUUGUGUGGCAUUAACACUAUGGUGUACUUUUCUACCGAGAUCUUUGGAGGAGUGGGGAUGACAGAGGACGCUGCAACAUGUACCACUUUAGGGUUUUCUAGUGUGCUAAUCGUUAUGACAGUACUUAGUCUUUUUCUUGUUGAUAGUGUUGGUAGACGACGAAUGAUGUUAUUUAGUUUUACAGGAAUGGCUAUAUUUACUUUAAUAUUGUUGUAUACUUUAGUUGCGGCAAGUAGUGCAAACGCUUCGGGUUAUAUGAAAUAUAUCGCCGUUGUGUUUGCUUGUUUCUUUGUAGCGAGCUAUGCCGUAGGAGCUGGUCCAAUCCCUUGGUUCAUCACAGCAGAACUGGUAGUGUAUCCGGCUAGAAGUCUAGCUGUUUCCAUAACUGUGUUCUGCAACUGGGUGGCAAGUUUUAUGGUCGCCCAAACCUUCCUAUCGCUACAGGAAGCAAUCGACAACUACGUCUUCACGAUCUUCAUAAUACUAGACAUUUUCUUCUUCUGCUAUACUUUGAACUUUCCAGAAACCAGCAGACUGUCAGCUCUAACAAUAAUCGAAAUGUAUCAAUAGCAAUAAAAAUUACCCAGUCAGAUGUCUCUUCUUGACACUACUAGUGUCACUUUUACAACCAUUUGACACUUGGGUCUGUCCUAUGGGUA